AUGGCAGACUCAAACGAUACUCCUAUGGUUGAUGGGUAUAACGAAGCGGCCUAUCUGCCCAUUUCAGAAGACGAAGAGAGGAUCCUCGCACUAUAUGAUCGAAUACAAGAGCUUCGACUAGAAAUCGCCAUUAUAAACGCGCAGCAAUCUCAUCAACCAGAUGAAGCCGUGUCAUUUACCGAAGAGGAAGUUCAAAAGGCCCAAACAGACCUUCAAGAGACAAGGGCAAAAUAUGUUCUCAGAAACGACGUAACUGAGGCCGUUCUGACGGCCAAUCCCAUUCUCAGGACCGUACACAGUGGAACAGGAGCAACAUCCAUCGAGCGCGAGCUUUUACCUUACAUUGAGCGCAGAGACGAUGCUUCUAUCGCAGUUGCCAAGCAGGCCGCUGAGACUAACAAGAAGUGGAAGGCAUUGACAACCACGCAAAGCGAUACACUACGCAAAUCCCGACAGAACGUCUCCUCGGCUGCUGAGCUCUUUGAUCUAGCAGAACAAGCAAAGCUGAAGAAGAUGGUUCCUCCAGGCGACUCUAAGAUGGCGCAGGAGCAAGAGAAGCUUGAGACGGGUGUCAAGGCGAGCAAGCAGAGAUGGAGAGUUAUGAAAGGUGUGGCUGCUGGUAUAAUUGUUGGUAGUGGCGUUGACUGGGUGCAGGAUGAUGAACUAAGAGAUGUUGUGCUUGAUCCUGAGACCGAGGCAUAA